AUGAUCAUAUCAACUUCGCCAAUAUCCAGUCCUUCCUCACCGAUCGAGAUUCCACUAGCAUUGGCCUUUCGUAAGACAGGCAAAAUGGCGUCUGAGAUCAGGUCCACGAUAUAUGCAAUCUCGUCGGUGAUCUCACAAUCUAAUUUCAAAAUAUCCCGGCCUUUGAUGUACUUCUCUGUAUCUGGACUAUCCUCUGUUCUGACCUCGAUCCUGGAAAUCAACAGGUUAUUGACAAUCACCUGGAUAGACUCAGUGUCAGAACCUGGAGUGGCCGAAAGCCCCAGAACACGGAAACUCGUAUUGUAUUUCUUCAAAAAGCUCACCACGGCACUGUAUGCGUAUGCUCCCUUAGAUCUAUGGGCCUCGUCAACCACCAGGAGCACGAUAUCUUUAGGAUUCAAGGUCCCGCUUUUCAGAUCGUUCUCCACCACCUGCGGAGUGGUGAAGAACACCCUUUUGGCCUUCCAGAUCUCUGCACGAUUGCGUCUUGUUUUAUCCAGCAAGAUCGCCGUUUGGUCGCUUGGGAUCCCCGUAAUACCGUAA